AGCUUCUCUCCGUCUCCCGCCUCCUCCUCCGCCUCCCCCCUCGGGCAGCACUGCAGAGGCAGCUCCGCUCCGCACUGGGGAGGAGGAGGAGGCGGGGGAGGCCGCCGCCGCCGCCGGACGGAGGACGAGGCUCAGCAGAGGCUCCCCGCUCGCCCCUCUUCCCCGCCGCGAGGAGUUUCUCUGCCGGCCUCGGGAGUCGCGCCGCCCCCUGCCUGAUUCCCCGCUGCCAUGGAGCCUGGAGCAGCCGCCGCCGCCGCUGGGCCGGCAGCCUCCGCCGGAGCCGCGGCGCUCUUCUUGGCUGCGAGCGAGCAGCAGGGCUACUCCGAGCUGUUCUCGCUUUGCGGCGGCGGCGGCGGCGGCCAAGCUGCGCCCGAGGCGGGGGGACCGGCGGGAGCGACCCCCGCCUCCGCCGCCGAGGGGAGCAAAGUGGCCGAGUUGUUCCGGGCGUCGCAGCUGCCCGCCGAGACGCUUCAUCAGAUUACAGAAUUGUGUGGUGCUAAACGUGUUGGUUAUUUUGGGCGUGCUCAGUUUUAUGCUGCUCUGAAGCUAAUCGCUGCUGUGCAGUCUGGCCUCCCAGUACGGAUCGAAAGCAUUCAGAAUGAAUUGCCCUUGCCUCUUAUGGCACUGAAAACUGAUAGUGAAGUAAGGUACAGUCAUCCAGCAGAAGCGCAUGGAACUAAAUUUCAGAUUCCACAUGCAACACUUGAAAAAAAUUGCUUCAGAAGAUUGGAUGGAGGAGAAAAACAGCAAAGUCUCCCCCCUUUGUCUCCCAUUGAUUCACCUCCUGCUUCUCCAUCAACCUACCAGAGGAUUCCCUUGAGUUACGGGUAUGGUAUCCUGAGAAGUGGGCUUGAGCACGCAGCACGGAGGACAUACUGCUGUCCACAAGAUGGACCAAUGCAGGGAAUUAUGUGGUCCAAAUCAGUUCCACCACAUUCAUCUCUCAUUCGGUCUCUUUCAGUAGAGAGAGAACCGCAGGACGGCAGUAGUAAUUACUCAGAUGAUCCUUGGAGAAUAACUGAGGAGCAACGAGAAUAUUACACCAAUCAGUUCAAGUCCCUACAACCUGACCUGACCUCUUUCAUUUCAGGCUCUGUGGCUAAGAACUUCUUCACAAAAUAGCUGCCGAUCCCUGAGCUGUCACACAUAUGGUAAGGAGCAUAAGUGAUGUAGACUGGAUGAGCACUGACAUUACCAGAGUUUUGUGCCGCCUUUCACCUCGUUGUUGCUCGGAAAAAUGGUUAUCUUUUGCACACCCUGCCAGAGACUCUGCUGCCUGACUGUUUUCAAGCAGUGAUCGGCGUCUUGAAUUCUUAUUCAGACUCCUUGGCAGCAAGUCAACAAACGAGGGACUUCAGUAGGACUGAACUUGAAACUGUUCGUGAGGAUCCAAGCAACUCGGAGCCAUGGAUUCUCUUUGAGGCAACUUCCAUUGACCCAGAGACUUCACUUGAAGGGAUGUCUGAUAAAGUUGCCCUGACACAGGACACAGUUAAUGAUGACAAACAAGGUCUGAAAGUUAGUGCUUCUUCCCAGACAAUACAGAAGGAAGUCAAAGCAUCUCAGCACUUGGCUGUCAAAACAGUUGCUCAGGAAUCUAACACACUUAAAGCAAGACCAAGAUCCAGAUCUUAUUCAAGCACAUCUAUAGAAGAUGCGAUGAAAAAGGGGGGAGAACCACCAACCCCACCAAGGCCACAGAAAUCACAUUCCAGAGCAUCCUCCUUAGAUCUCAAUAGGAUGUUCCAGCAAAAUGUUUCUGCAGUUCGGGCGGGUUGGCUACCACCGCCACCACCUGCUCUACCUCCUCGGCCUUUUGUAACACAGGUUUCUCAUCCCGGCACAAAUGCUGAAACAAAUGCUCAACUCAAAUCAAGCUACAUAGACUUCAGGCUUCAAGAACAGAUGGAACAAGAAUCUCAGAUUGAAAUGCAUUUGCCAAUGAACAGGUCCUCAUCACAAGUUGAAGAAGGCAGCCCAGCCAAAAAGGAGGUGUUGCUUACUCAGCCACCAUCAAAACCAAUUCGCAGGAAAUUCCGGCCUGAAAGCCAGAUGCUAGAGAACCAGGAACUUUCUCCCACGAAAAGUGUAGCCCCUUCCUUGCCUGCCAUCAAAUCCCACCAUACAAUCCCAAAACAGUCUUCAAAACAGAAGAAAGCUAUUCAGACAGCUAUCCGUAAAAAUAAAGAAGCAAACGUGGUCCUAGCUCGGUUGAACAGUGAACUCCAGCAACAGCUGAAGGAAGUUCACAAAGAACGAACUGCACUGGAAACUCAGUUGGAGCAGCUCCGACCUGUCACUGUCUUAUGAAAUUCUGUAACAGAAUUUUUGCUUCAAGUACCUUUAACCGCACAAUAUAUUGGCAGAAGCUUUUUUCACUAAGGCAACAUCAUUUGGAAAAAGUGACUGCCAUAUUUCUUUUGCAUUUCUUGCACCAGUUUACCUUGCAGAUGAAGAAGGUACACAAUCUGAAUGUCAGACCUUAUGCCUAUGAAAUUGACCUUGUUUUCCCACUGACCCUUCAAGAAUGCCUCAGUCAAAUUCCAUCUCUCUCUUACUGUUAACACUUAUUUAUUCCAAGAAUUCUUGAUUUAUAUGCAUUGGGGUGGGAUAUUUAAAUAGUAUAUAUGUCUAGGAAAUUUGCUUAUAUUUACCUUCAUCCUGGAUUAUCACUUUUUACAUAUCUGUGAUCUUUAAAGCCUAUCUAGUUUUAGAAUAAAUGAAAGCAGCAUCUACGAA